AUGCAGAAGUACAUCAAAGAAACUUGGAGGCUUGUAAGCACAACGAAUCAAUGCCAGAAUGGAAGGUUGCUAGCUCUGAAAUGGCUCGACAGAGAGUAUGAGCAACAAUUUGCACAUAUUCGUGGAUAUGUCGAAGAGAUACUCACGCAUCACGAGAGAACAACGGCCAUUGUUGAAACAUAUCCGAAUGCAAAAAACCAAGAUGUCUUCAGUCGGUUUUAUGUGUGUUUUGAGAAGCUUAGGACCAGAUGGAAAAGCUCUUGUCGUCCUAUCAUCGGGUUAGAUGGAACCUUCUUCAAAGGCAUAGUGAAAGGAUGUUUGUUGACAGCGUUUAUGAAGAAUCUAAAGGCUGAUUUGGGGCUUGAAGAUGGCAGUGGAUAUGUCAUCAUUUCAGACAGAUGCAAGGGACUACUUAGUUCUGUUAAAGCCGAGUUGCCAAAGGCAGAGCAUAGGUUUUGCGUGAAGCACAUCUAUGAGAACUUGAAGAAGAACCAUGCCGGGAAAGACUUAUUGAAGAAGUAUGUGUGGAAUGUUGCUUGGAGCUGUACUAUGACUGCAUACCGAAAGAAUCUUCAGAAGCUAAAAGAGUAUGAUGUGCCUCUGUUUGAAGAUGUUUUGAAAAUGGAGCCAAGGUAUUGGACAUUAGCUUUUUUCAAGCUUGGUAGCUUCUGCGACAAGGUGGAAAACAACUCAACAGAAUCUUUCAAUGCAACUAUUACAAAGGCAAGAGGUAAGGCCAUAAUACCAAUGCUUGAGACCAUUAGGAGGCAAGCAAUGGUUCGAAAUGCAAAGAGACAGAAGAAGGCUGAAAGAUGGGAUGGUAGGUGUACAAAGUAUGUCAAAUUGGUCCUCAAGGAGCUGAAGGAACACGCUGACAAAUGCGUGGUCAGUCGUGGGAGUCAUGGGAACUUUGAGGUGGAUCUUUAUGAUGAUAGAUGUCAUGUAGACACGAAAAAUAAGACAUGCUCGUGCUUUAAAUGGCAAAUCUCAGGCAUCCCAUGUGAGCAUGCGUAUGGAGCGAUGUUAGAUGCUGGUUUAGACACAGAUGAUUAUGUCUACGAGUGCUUCUAUACAGGUAAACAGCGAGACUGUUAUAGUGAUAAUGUCAAGCCAAUGAGAGGACCAGGUAUAUGGAUGGCUGGUUCUCAUAGGCUGGUGGUAGCUCCUCCGGAACAAGAUCCUCCAGAGGGAGAGGGAUCUGAAAAAAAGAAAAAGAAGAAGUCCAAAAAAGGCGAAAAAAGAAUCAAGGCUAGAUGUAAGAUACACCCAAAGAAGAAGCGAAAGAUGACAGAAGAAGCAAGUGACCAGGCCAAUACUUCAUCUCAAGGAGCUGGAAAUGGGGCUUUUCAAGGUCCUGAAACCAUGUCACUCACUCAACCAUCUCAAAUGUCAGACUAA